AUGGUUUCGCAAGCACGGCUUCUCGAAGACAAGCCAGGCCUUUUGCCUGGAAAUUCUCGCCCGGAAAGUCAUUGUUGUUCAUCAGUCUACAUAGUCCCAUCUAAAAGGCGUAGAGAGUCCACUUCUAAGUAAGUGAUCCUGAGCAAAUUCCAAUCUCAUUUCGAUCGCUAUGGCUGGCGGCGUGGAGAUGUUCGAACUGGAGCUGGCAGCGGGGUUGGAGUCCCUGGCCACGGGCAACGGCAGCUACCUGAGCUUGGCAUGGAUCCAACAAGCGCUGGAUCUGGUGAGCCACACACAGGGCGAGAUGAUGGCGCUGGUGCCCGAUCACCUCCAGCAAGCCUUGCAGGAUCGGGACGCCAAUUGGCUGCGCGCGUGCGUGUGCGACACGGACAAACUCCUGGGCGUGUGUGACGUUCUGGUCAGGAGUAUCGCCGACGUCCGCUACUACCAGAUGUUUGUGCAGCUGGCCUUGCAAUCGGUACAAAGCAGGAAGGCGAUGCGCGCUCGGCAGCUCCUCGACAGCUGCAUUCGCACGAUGCCCCUCUUGUCCACCAGCAGCAUCGUCGACAGCAACGAGACGAGCCGCCUCAGCUUGCAGAGGGCCAACCUCGAAAGGGGCAUUCAAACUCUCCUGGCUAUCUGGGAAUUCGAAGCUGAUGGUGGAAGAACAACACUACAGCUAGACCAGGAGGUCGAGGAGCUUGAUGAUGGUAGCCGGGUUUUCCUCUCCACUCUCCACGGCACCAGAAGCACAUCCAUCUUCGUGCUCCUGGUUCUCGCGGUCGGGCUCACCGUCCGGCCCAGGCUGCCAAGCAAGGAGCGGAGAUCCCAGCCCCUCGGCAUCCGCGCUAGCAAAGAACCCCUCUGGCUCGAUCCGCUCGUGCGCCUGCUCAAGAGCGUCAAAGAGGAGAUCAGCAGCCGGAACGAGCAGGCGCCAUUCUCUUUCCUGUGCGAGCUCCAGAGUGUGGAUCAAUGGGUCCGACAGCUGCGCGCCCUCAUUAUCCACGGGGAUCCGCAGGACGACCGCGCACUGGCGGACUGCGUCAAGGCGCUCAAGAACAGCGUGGAUCAAGUGGAGUUGGCGUUGCCGCUCAUCGAGGCGCAGGUGAUCCAGAUCCGCAACAUUAUCACCUCCAUCCGCACCAUCGUGCUGCAUCUCCUCCACAAGAGCAAGAAAAAGAUGGUUUAAAAGAGUUCUACAGAAAAUGUGGUAGUUUCUUUGGGAAAUCUCCUAGGAAUAUCCGUCCUGUUUCAAAUUCUAGCAGUCGUAUGAUC